AAAAUGUAAUCGCAGGGUUGUCACGUUUCUACAGAAUACCUGCUAUCGAUAAGUGUCUGUGCUAAUGUAAACAUCGCACUGAAUGCAAAAAUUGUAUGCAGGGCAGAAGAUUUAUCAUAUUUAUUCUUCUGGGAUGACUCCCUGGGUUUUAUUAUUAAAUAGUCCUUGAUUUUGGCUUGGUAACGCAGUAGAAUCAGUGUUAGAUCUCAGCAUGCAGUUGACAACCCUGACACUAUUGCCGUUUCACUCGCACACGAAGAGGUAGAGAAGAAAAAAACCAAAACGAAAUGGGAAACUAGCGAAUUUCACAAAACAAUUAAAUAACCGUUCGGGAUGCACACUUUGAACGGAUUCCUUGGACUGAUAUAGGCUGGGGCGUUUGGCGACUUUCCCUGGGGCGAACGCGCGCUGUUAACUACAGCAUUCCGAAGAUUUCCCGCACUUUUGGUACUGCACUCCAGAGAUUAUAGUCGGGAUUUCUUUUCCUCCGACAAUCAUCGAUAACAUGGUUCAUCGAUUAUUUGCUCUUAAUAUUGCUGGUCUUCGCGGUUAUCGACCAUCGCUGCUUUAAUUACAAAAAAAUAAAUAUAAAUGAACUGAAGAAGCGGACGCAGCAAUAAAAACAUAGAGAUUGCGACGAACAAAAUGCUACGGGCAAUCGGCAAGCGGGACAGGGACAUCUUCGAGGAGGUUUGGCCGGACAAGAGACGAAUUGUGCUGAAGCUCCUGCGGCAGGACACGGUGUCGCAACGCGAAUGGCAGGACCUUUUUUUCGGCGUGCACUUCGUUUGCUUGUGGGACGAAAAGGGCGCCGCCAAGAUCUACGACUGCCUGCAGCAGGACAUCGUCGAAUUUAUCGUCCAGGCCCAGAGCCAGGUGCAAGCCCAACGCGGGGAGCAGGCCCUGCUUGCCACAUACAUCGUCGAGUGGCGAAAGUUUUUUACCCAAUCCAAUUAUCUACCCCUGCCCUUUCGCCAGUUGGAGCAGUCGCCGCAAGUGAAACCAUCUAGCUCCAGUUCCACAUCGGCCUCCGCCUCCGGUGCGAGUACCAGUGCUGCGGCAGCCUCAUGUUCCAGUAAUACCUCCAAAGCUGGACCCUCCACCUCAGCCGCUGCAGCCUCCACCUCCGCCGCCGCAUCCACAUCUUCAAGCUCUGCGGCAGCUGCAGCGGCGUCUGGGAGCGGGAACAAUGGUAGCAGCACCACCACCUCAAAAAAGAACCCCACGGAGGACAGCCCCGUCCGAAAACUUAUGCUGGAUUCAUGGAAUAAGCAUAUAUUUCACGACAUCAAGCACCGCCUUCAGGACUCCGCCAUGAAAAUUGUGCACGCCGAGCGCAACGGAGAUGCCUAUGAUGCCCAGCUGGUAGUCGGGGUGCGCGAAAGCUACGUGAAUCUCUCCUCCAAUUCAGAGGACAAGCUGGAGAUCUACAGGGAGAAUUUCGAGAUGGCUUACCUCAAAGCAACAGCCGAGUUCUAUCGCCUGAAGUCCACGGAACAGCAGCAGGAGAAUGGAGUGCUGGCCUACAUGAAGUAUGCAGAUGCCAAGCUGCGCGAGGAGGAGGUGCGAGCCAAGCGGUACCUGGAGCCGAGCAGCUUUAGCAUUCUCACAUACACGCUGGUUAAGGUACUCAUAGUGGAUCACCUAAACUCCAUUAUUGCCGAGUGCCCCGCUCUGAUCAGGGAUUACGAAACCGAGCGCUUAAAUCUCAUGUUCCGGCUAAUGGACCGGGUUUUGCAUGGAGUGGGAGUGGAGGCCAUGAUGGGUGAUCUUCAAAGGCACAUCAUGUCCGCGGGAUUGGCGGAUAUGCUCUCCGCCUCAGAGGUGAUCACUCAGGAUUCGGAAAAAUACGUGGAACGCCUGCUUGAGCUGUUCAACAAGUUUAGCGACCUUGUUCGCAAUGCCUUCAACGACGAUCCCCGUUUCCUUACCGCCCGCGACAUUGCGUUCAAGACGGUAGUUAACGACACCAGCGUGUUCAAAAUGGAACUGCCCACAAGCAUCGCCAAUCGCGGCGUCAAAUAUACAGCGCCGGAGAGCAAGUGUCCGGAGCUCCUGGCCAACUACUGCGACAUGUUGCUGCGAAGAACGCCGCUCAGUAAACGCCUCACCAGCGAGCAGAUCGACGCUCGCCUCAGGGAUGUCCUGCUUGUCCUAAAGUAUGUCAACAAUAAAGAUGUGUUCAUGCGCUACCACAAAGUGCACUUAACGAGGCGCCUCAUUUUGGGUACCAGCGCCGACAGCGAAAAGGAGGAGGACAUUGUCGAGUGGCUACGCGAAGUGGGAAUGCCGGCCGACUACGUGAAUCGUUUGGCGCGCAUGUUCCAGGACAUAAAGGUCAGCGAGGAUCUAAAUACUCAAUUUCGCAGUUCGACAAGUCGUCACGAUGCCAUCAACAUUAAAAUACUCAACGCUGGCGCGUGGGCCCGCUGCUCAGAGCGCGUUUCGGUCUCGUUGCCCAUCGAGCUGGAGGAUUAUAUUCCAGACGUAGAGGAGUUUUACAAAAAGAAGCAUUCCGGCCGCAAGCUGCAGUGGUAUCAUCAUAUGAGCAAUGGCACCAUCACCUUUGUGAACAACUUUGGCCGCUACGAUCUGGAUGUUACCACUUUUCAAAUGGCCGUUCUCUUUGCGUGGAAUCAGCGGCAACAUGACAAAAUCUCCUACGAGAAUCUGCGCCUAGCCACAGAGCUGCCAGAUCCCGAGCUUAGGAGAACUCUAUGGUCACUGGUAGCUUUUCCCAAGAUCAAGAAGCAAAUUUUGCUAAUGGAGCCGACCGCCAUUGCCUCGCCGAAGGAUUUCACUGAGAAUACAAUGUUCUACAUUAAUCAAGAGUUUGCAAUUGUGAAGAAUGGAAAGUCGCAGCGCCGUGGCAAGCUUAAUCUAAUCGGGCGUCUACAGCUUAGCACAGAACGCUCACAGCAAGAGGACAAUCAGUCUAUCGUGCAGUUGCGCAUCCUGCGCACCCAAGAAGCCAUCAUUAAAAUCAUGAAGGUGCGAAAGCGGAUGAACAACGCAGCACUGCAGGGUGAACUUAUCGACAUACUAAAGAACAUGUUCCUGCCGUCCAAGAAGAUGAUCAAAGAGCAACUAGAAUGGCUUAUCGAGCACAAGUAUAUGAGGCGUGACGAUGACGACAUUAACAUGUUCAUCUACGUGGCCUAAAGAACGGCUGCUGAUUCCGGCUCUAGUCUCAGUCCCGUCUCUGCAAUCAUUCCCAUUUCUAUUCCCCUUACAUGCUACCCCCUAAAAACAUAUCGCCGCGGCGAUUUUAAUCUCAAUGCCGACGUGCUCAAAGCACGCGACCUAAACCUAUCUGUGGAAUUGGAUAAUUGUAUUAUAUGGAAACGUGAUUUGUUGCUGACAUUGCGUCCUAAGAGCAUUUAUAAGACCCACAUCUCGAUUGGCCUCCAACUCAUUGUAUCCAAAUUUGUAUUUAUAUAAAUCCGUAUCUGUAUUUGUAUUUUGUAUUUGUCAAGAAUUUUAUUUUUAUAUUGGCCGUCAGGGAUUAUUUUUUGCGAUUUUUGCACCCCCGUACGCUCUACGCUCAUGCCUGCACCAUGCCCCCGAAACAUUACCGAUCGAUAGUGUUAAUCUAAUCAACUUACUGUGUUCUAAGUGUGUAGUCCUCCUCCCUCUAUGUUUGUUUCCGUUGUCUGGUCUUUUGUUGAUUCUUGGGUAUUUUGCAGUGUUCCAUGUAAAACACACACUCACGUACACACGCAGGGAUUGAAACCUCUUGAAGAUUGGGCAGAAGCCAACACUUCUUCCCUGGUCACUCCCGACAUGGAAUGCCUAUCUCACAUACAAACACUCACACAAGCGUUCGCAAAACUAUAUAUAAACUAGCAAUACAUUUAAGUUUAAGUUAAUGAAUAAACUUGGUUCUACACAGAUGAAAA